AUGUUACUUUCCAAGGAUAACGUGUUGCACUUUACAUAUGAUUCGGAGCUCGUACAGAUUGAGGCUUGGGGGCCGAACGCUUUUCGAGUUCGAGCCACCAAAUUUCACACCUUGCCAGCCGACAAGUGGGCUUUGAUAGAAACCCCUCCACCAGCCACACCAUCAAUAACUAUAAAGGAAGACCAUGCCACAAUUGCCAACGGCAAUAUCGAGGCAACUAUUUCCUCCAAGGGCAAAAUCGUCAUCAAGAAUGCCAAAGGGGAGCUCUUGCUUGAGGAAUAUGCGCGCAACCGGAACGACCUCUCCGACCCAAAAUGCAGUUCUCUCAAUGUCGAAGGAAGAGAAUUCAAGCCUUUGCUUGGAGGUGACUAUCAUCUCACCUAUCGGCUGGAGUCAAUUGAUCCCAAGGAAAAAUUAUACGGUAUGGGCCAAUAUCAACAGCAAUUUCUUGACCUGAAGGGACUUGAUCUGGAGAUGGCACAACGGAAUUCCCAAGCAAGCGUUCCCUUCAUGUUGUCGAGCCUAGGAUACGGGUUUCUUUGGAAUAACCCUGCCGUAGGCCGAGCAGUUCUCGGAAAGAACACAAUGAGUUUCGAGGCCUUGUCUACUAAAGUCCUCGACUACUGGAUCGUAUGCGCCGACACUCCCGCUCAAAUCGUCGAGGCAUAUGCAGAUGUCACGGGGAAAGUCCCUAUGAUGCCCGAGUAUGGACUAGGUUUCUGGCAGUGUAAACUGCGAUACCAAACACAAGAAGAGCUGUUGGACGUCGCACGGGAGUACAAGAAGAGGAAUCUGCCACUUGAUGUCAUAGUUGUGGACUUUUUUCACUGGCCAAAGCAGGGAGAAUGGAAGUUUGAUCCUACAUACUGGAAAGACCCCGACGCCAUGAUCAAGGAGCUGCAAUCGAUGAACAUCGAGCUCCUGGUUUCAAUUUGGCCCACGGUCGAUAAGACGUCGGAAAACUUCAAACAUAUGCUCGAGCACGGCCUGCUCAUCCGGCAGGAUCGCGGCCUUCGAACCUCGAUGGAUUUCCAAGGCGACACGAUCCAUGCCGACUUCACGAAUCCUGAAGCGAGAGAUUUUGUCUGGAAGGUAGCCAAGAAGAAUUACUAUGACAAAGGGGUCAAGUUGUUCUGGCUGGACGAAGCGGAACCAGAAUAUAACGUGUAUGACUUUGAUGUCUACCGCUAUCACAGCGGAAGUGUGCUCAGCACGGGCAACGCGUAUCCGGUUGAGUACGCGAAGGCGUUCUAUGAGGGCAUGACAAAUGAUGGAAAGCAAGAAAAUGUCGUAAACCUCAUCCGUUGUGCAUGGGCUGGAAGCCAGCGAUACGGGGCGCUGUUGUGGAGCGGUGAUAUUGCGAGCAGUUGGAAGGCCUUCAAGGAUCAAUUUGCAGCAGGUCUAAACGUUGGGAUCGCGGGAUUGCCCUGGUGGACUACGGAUAUCGGUGGCUUCCUCGGCGGCAAUCCAACAUAUCCAGAGUUUCGUGAGCUGUGCACACGAUGGUUUCAAUAUGGCUGCUUCUGCCCAGUCUUCAGACUCCAUGGCGACCGAGAGCCGCAGCAGCCGCAACAGGGCACUACCGGCGGUGCAACAUGUCUCUCUGGCGCUCCCAACGAGAUCUGGUCGUUCGGCGAGGAAUCCUACGAGAUUAUGAAGAAGUAUCUCCACUUGCGCGAGAAGCUUCGGCCUUAUAUCCGUGAGGUCAUGAAGCAGGCACACGAGAAGGGUUCACCAGUCAUCAGAACCCUCUUCUACGAGUUCCCACAGGACAAACAGUGCUGGGAGGUUGACGAUCAGUACUUCUUUGGUCACAGGUACCUUGUUGCGCCGGUGUUGAAUGCGGGUCAAUCUAAGAGGGAGGUGUAUUUGCCGAAGGGUGCGAAGUGGAAGAGGUUUGACGACGGGGAGGUGAAGAAUGCUGAGGAGCUGGAGGGUGGGAAGGUUGUUGAGGUCGAGUGUCCUUUGGCAGUUAUGCCCGUAUUUGAGAGAGUUUGA